AAGCACUAUUUCUCUGUUCAUACACAUUUUUGUAAUAAUAAUCAUUAGUAUUUUCUUUGCUAAAUGUGGUGUUGGAGCCAAUUUGUUGCUGCAAUUUGAUUAGUUCAGUGGGCAAUCUGCCGUAGUCGACGAACAAAUGUGUUCAUAAUUGUUAAGAGUAGAAUUUUGACUCAGUUUUAUUGAUUUUUCUUCAGAAGUACGCAAUGGCGAUCAACUCGAAGACGGAAUUGCCAGAGAAUUAGUGUGCUUGUCGUCUGUGGAUUUUCAUUCGCUGCAUCGUGCUCUAAGCAGUAGAGUAGAACAUUUUGUAGACGAGAACGAUUGACAAGUGCCAGUUUUCAUCAUGCGGAAUCUCAUUAAGAAAAAAGAUAGACUGAACUUCGAGGCACUCAAAUCCCACAACAAGUCAAAAGCUAUUGCAUCAAUCAGCAAACAACAGAAUCCAUUUGAUCUCUUACGCAUAUUUUAUGAGGGAGCUGUAUCUGGAGCUGCUGCUGGUGUUGUUGUAGAAGCUGCUUUGUAUCCAAUUGAUACAAUUAAAACUCGUCUUCAAGCAGUUCGUGGUGGAGGACAGAUCAUUUUGAAAGGUCUUUAUUCGGGAUUGGCUGGAAAUCUAGUUGGAGUCUUACCAGCAUCGGCAAUAUUUGUUGGUGUAUAUGAACCUACGAAGAGAAAAUUGCUGGACAGCUUCCCUGAAAACCUUAGUGCCUUAGCUCAUUUGAUUGCAGGUGCUAUUGGCGGAGCUGCUUCUUCUAUUGUUCGUGUACCCACUGAGGUAGUUAAGCAAAGGAUGCAGACUGGCCAAUUUUCUUCUGCCCCUGAUGCGGUCCGACUCAUUGUUGCUAAGGAAGGGUUUAGAGGCCUUUAUGCUGGGUAUGGUUCUUUUCUACUGCGAGACUUACCAUUUGAUGCUAUCCAGUUCUGUUUAUACGAGCAGCUGCGGAUGGGCUAUAAGUUAGCUGCCAAAAGGGACCUUAAAGAUUCCGAGAAUGCAAUGAUUGGUGCCUUUGCAGGUGCAAUAACAGGAGCUAUAACUACUCCUCUUGAUGUGAUAAAAACAAGAUUGAUGGUUCAGGGUUCAGCAAAGCAGUAUGAAGGCAUUUUGCAUUGUGUUAAAACUAUUGCAAGAGACGAAGGAGCCUCUACUCUUUUUAAGGGAAUAGGGCCACGAGUACUUUGGAUAGGUAUUGGAGGAUCGAUAUUUUUUGGUGUUCUUGAAAGGACAAAGAAACUAGUUGCUGCAAAACAGCCUGUUGAUUAGAAUUUGAAUCCUUCGAACUUGGACUAUCAAUCUGUCUCAGGUACAUCGUAGCUACGUGACUGGACACGUUCUCUUGAAAUGUGAGUUCAUUUCUCAGAAAAUUAUUGUUGGUUGAACCCUGUUGAUUGUGGGCAACGUAUGGCGGGGUGUUAGUGUAAUGCAGGAAAAAUUGAGACAAUGUUGUGCAGUUUGCAUUUCAUUAUCUCUGCACUAUUAUUCUCAAACUAUUAUACUUUAUGAAACAAAAUUUGAAAGUCUA